GGGAGGAUCCCUAGUCACUAUGGCAACGGGAGACGCCUCGCAUUCUCCUGCAGCCUGCAGCGGAGCUGAGAAGGCGAGUGGCGAAGACACUGGCGGCAGGAGGGUGGAGAAGGUGGCGGUAAUGACUACUGUGGUGGCACCCGAGGCCAGCCCCAGUGGGGAGCAGCCUCGGCAGGAGGCCGGGCUGGGGUGCGGAGUUCGCUGGGAGCCCAGCUCCAGCUGCCCUCAGGAGUCCUGCAAACAAAGUGUAUUCCCCAGCAGCCGCGGACCCUGCGCAGAGGGACGUGCGGUGUGGAGAACUGGGAAGAAAUUUUUAUAUUGUGAGCCACAUAAGAGAAUUAAGGAAGUACUGGAAGAAGAACUUUAUAUUAAGAAAGAUGAAUGCCACAUUAAAAAUCCACCUGCAGUGGCCCUGGAAGGGAUUUGGAGCAUUAAAAGGAAUCUCCCUGUGGGAAGCUCGAAGCCAGCACUGCCCAGCAGAAACAUUUUACUGCCACAAGCCAAGUUCUACUCAAGGCAUGGAGGGAUGAGAAGGUAAGAAGAAUAAAUUUUUCCUUUGAGAAGAAACCUCUUUCUCCUAAUGUCUGAAAAACAGAGAAGAAAUCCAAGCUUGUUUCACAGUUUAAGAGGUGUAAAAAAAUGUACAUUAAUCUAUAAUUUCUAUUAUUGAUAUUAAUUCCUACCUAUCAAUUAAUCCAAAGUAAUGAUGGACUAUUAGUAAAGUUUGCUAAGCACCUGAAAACAGUGAAGAAAAAUAUACUUAUUUUUAGUCAUCACAGUCGGAAUAUAUUGAGCUUGUAAUUCAGAUCAUUUUAUUAAAUAUAUAAAACAUAA